CUAUAUCACACUUUCCAAUUUAGUAUUUUUUUCUUCACUUUCUCUCUCCUAAAAACUAUUCUAUUUUCUCUCUCCUCUUCUUCUUCGUUGAAACUCCCUCCUUUUUCGAUCUCGAUUUUCGCACCUCAAAAAUCUCACUUUCUUCAACUCAAUUUCACUGUUUUUUCAGUUCAAUUUCUCUUUUAGAAGCUCAAAUUUACUUUUUUUUUUGUUUGGAGUAAUUAACAGUUGAAGAUUUUGAGCUGUCGAAGUUAGGGCAUGUGUGGAAGUUGCUAAAUUAGCAGAUGAGUUAUGGUUGAAUUACAUGGAAUUGAUCACUUUUGAUGUUCUUUUGUGGAGAAGAAAGUUUUUUAGUGUAGUUCGUUGUGUUACGGAGAUUGCUGGUUUCGAGUAAUUUGCGUGUUUUGUUUCUGAAAAUUUGAAGUUUUUUCAGUUCAUGAAGUUAGGGUUUCGGCGAAUUAAGCUAUUUCAUUGUUGAUUUCGUACCUAAAGUAUUGGAAUUUCACGAGUGAUGAUUUUAGUUGGAAUCUAGGGUUUUUUUUUCUGGUUGUGGUGAAUUCGCAAGAGAAUUAAUGGUUUUUCGAGUAUGCAGUGACUUUUAUAGGUUCUAGGGUUUUUUGAGAAGAAGAAAGAAGAGUUAGAAUGUUUUAUUCGCAGUUUAUAUUGGCCAAGAAAGGGCCUUUAGGGACUAUAUGGAUUGCAGCUCAUUUGGAGCGGAAGCUUCGGAAGAAUCAAGUUGCUGAUACUGAUAUUGGCGUAUCCGUUGAUUCUAUACUGUUCCCAGAAGUGCCAAUCGCACUCCGCUUGUCUAGCCAUUUACUGCUUGGUGUUGUCAGGAUAUAUUCAAAGAAAGUGAAUUACCUCUUUGACGAUUGUAGUGAGGCUUUGCUUAAGGUCAAACAAGCAUUUCGCUCGGCAGCAGUUGAUUUACCUCCUGAACAGUCUAAAGCACCAUACCAUUCGAUCACUUUGCCAGAGACCUUUGAUCUUGAUGAUUUUGAGCUUCCAGACAAUGAAGUAUUUCAGGGCAACUUUGUUGAUCACCAUAUUAGUACAAGAGAGCAAAUUACUCUCCAGGAUUCUAUGGACGGUGUGGCUUUUCCAUCAUUGCAAUUUGGUCCCGAUGAGCGAUUUGGUGAUGGUGAUGCAUCUCAGAUUGGUUUGGAUCUUGACGAGGAGUUGUUUAUGGACAAGGGAGAUGCUGCAGGAACAAGUGGGGUUUUGGUUGACACAGAUGCUGGUCCUCAGGAAGCUAUAAAAGAACUCUCACCUUCACCUUCCAAAGCCGAUGAGCAUUAUGAAGCUGUUUCUGAUUCUGGGUUGGCUUCAAACGCUAAUUUCUUCAGUAUCCAGGCACCUUCCACUCCAGGGUUAACGGAAGAGCCAAACUUGCCUAGUGCUAAAGAGGAAAUACAGGUUAGUGAUGAUCAUAUGGAUGAGGACCAGAAUCCAUGUGAACUUGCUGCAAAAGAAGUGUCUGGAAAUGCUUCAAGUCUUGUGGAACUGUCAGAUUUGGGUGGCGGGAAAUUUAUUUCUAAUGGAACAUCGAAUUAUGAGGAUGAGCUGGGCAAUGAAAAAGCACAUACACAUGGAACUGAGUCCAUGGAUGUCAUCUCAUCUGGUUUUGCUCAGCCUGUUACUUCCAAUGAGCACAAAGAGGAAACAAAUGGUCAGGAUAGUGCGGAAAACAUUCUCAACUCCAGUCCUCUCAAGAAUGGAAUUAUUAUAGCUGCUGAUGUGCAAUCUCAAGGAUGCUGUGAUGUCGAAGAACAAGGUAUAAAUGGGACUGCCGUUCCAGUGCUUGAUAAUACCAUUGUCAUGGAGGCUCAAGGUAGUGAUCUUGAUGCUGGCUGCAACAGAGCUGACCUUGAUGGUACGUAUCAUCGACUACAUGAUGGUGGAGAAGAGAGUAAUACAUCUUUAAUUGGCCCCGCAGUUCCUGGCACUGUGGAAGCUGAGAUUAGUGGAUAUGAACACCAAAAUCCAUUUCAGCCUUGUCUAAACUCGAAGAAAGCUGAGAUCUCUGAAUCCAAUAUCGAUGUGAAGUCAUCAGGCUUUGCCCUUCCAGUGCUGCAGGCUUGUAAUUCCAAUGUCCAAUAUGCUUGUGAUGGAGCAAAUAAUGUGUUUGAUGACUCCCACCUUCCAAAUCGAGACAGUGGUUUGAGUAUCUUAGGGACAUCUGGACAGGGAGACACAACUAAUGUUUCUGGGAUGUCUACAAAUGUCUCAGAUGAAGUAGAACCAACCUCAAAGGCAGACCAGAUAGCUCGUGAAGUUACUUGUACCACUGACAUCAACCUAGAAGUGCAGGUGGAAAACCUAAUUGCAGAAGGAAAUCAUUUGGAAAAAGAGAGCAAUUUGCAAAUUUCUGAUUUCCCGCCCCCUGAGAUGUUGCUUUCUAUGCCAAAUCUGCCUGCUGGUCUAGCAGACAACUUUCUUGUUGACUCUACACCUGGUAAAGAGUUCCUUGCAAAAGAUGGCAAUGCUACUGAUGAAAACAUCAUAUCUGGGAGAAAGAGAAGUUUUACUGAGAGUACUUUGACAAUACAGAGCAUUAAUUCAGUUGAGUCUUCUGGUGGAGCUCAGUCCAAAGGAACUGUGGAAUUUAUUCCUGACGACAAUGACUUGCUAUCCUCUAUUUUAGUUGGUAAGUCUACAGCAAUCAAAAUGAAGCCUACUCCACCUGUUCCUGAUACAGUACGUGCAAAGCGCCAGCGGACUGCUGUCCGUUCUGCUACUCACAAGCGGAAGGUGCUUGUGGAUGACUCGACUGUACUCCAUGGCGACACGAUAAGGCAGCAGCUAACAACUACUGAAGAUAUACGGCGUGUGCGAAAGAAAGCUCCUUGUACGAACCGUGAAGUUUGGGUGCUUCAGAAACAGUUUUUGGAUGAUGAGAUUUUCAGCGAACGUGUAUUUACAGGAAUGUUUCCUACCUUGAGAUCAUUGGAUAAUGAGGAAUUCAAUCUGAAUGAGAUCAGAAUUUUUCGUGAUGAUAUAUCCAAAGAAGCAAGUGAGGCAGACAUCUCUACAAGGCCAACAGUCGGUGAGGAAUUUGAAACUAUGGGAACUCCUGUACCCUGUAUUGCUGAGAUCACUACGAAACCAGUGCUCGGUGAAGAAACUGAAGCUCCGGGAACUCUUGUACCAUCUACUGCUGCAGAUGAGGGAUUGCAAGUGCAUGAUGGGAGUCUGUUAGAGACUAUAUGUGGACAAGAAUUGACUUUGGUUGUAGAUGGUGGUACUCUGCUAAAAGAGGUAGAUUUUGUAGAUAAUGAGGUCAUAAAAGAAGUGUCGCAAUAUGAUGUUUCUGGAGAAAAGGUUGGUGUGGAGUUUGAUGAUGUAAGAACCUCAGUUGGUGGUGAAGCAAUUCAUUCUGUUGCUUCAGGAGCAGAGCCACUCUUUUCAGUUGGUCAUGUUGCUGAAGUUAAUUGUAACUCAACAGACGAUAUUAAAGCCAAUUCACCUUCCCUUCAAAAUUCUAGUGAUGUUUUGGUGUCCAUGCAUACAGAUAUAUCAGACCAAAUUCUUGAUCACAGGUGUGCUACAAAUUUUUCAAUAGACGAUACUUCUACAGGGGAGGGUGUUUCUGGAUCAGGUAUACGAGAUCAAGGGGUAGAUGUUGGUGUCACUGAGAAAGCUGGUGUAGGUGAAAGAUCAGAUGCUGAACCUGUAUCGGAGAAAAGGGAAAGUGUUGAUCCAAGCAUAGUUAUGGAGCAUCUCCAGGAUACUUGUUCUCUACCUGUUCAUGAUUCCAGUAUCUCUGAGUCUGUGGCUCUUGAAGACAGGGCUUUUCCAACACCGGACCAGGUUCUUGAUGGUUGUCAUCCAGAUGAGCUUGGGAUGGCAAAUAAAGAUGAAAUCUUUGACUCAGACCUAAGACUUGAUGAUAGCUGCUCAACUCCAUACAAUGUUAGUGAGCAUGUAAAAUUAGAUAUAUCAUAUUCAGUAGAAGCUGAUUUAAGCCCCCGAAUUACCACAUUAAAUGAGGGGGAAGGUCUACAGUAUAGGGAAGCUGACCAAAUGAUUGCCAUGGACUCCACUUCGAUUCCUCCCGAAUUUGUUGACGCUGGAAACAAUGCUGAGGUUAGCACAGAUGCCAUAGAGCACGAUACAGCCUUCUUGAAUUUUGAUGAUGACGAUGUCGCUGAAGAUUACGAAAGUGAUAUGGCUGACCCUGAUGAGAAACGCAUUCUCGACAACAGUGGCUGGUCUGCUCGUACCAGAGCUGUUGCCAACUAUCUCCAAGUCUUGUUUGAAAAGGAAUCUGAUCAGCCGAAGAAGGUGAUCUCCUUGGAAAGCCUAUUGGUUGGGAAAACACGAAAAGAAGCGUCAAGAAUGUUUUUUGAGACAUUGGUUCUCAAAACUAAGGAUUAUGUAAAAGCAGAGCAGGAGAUCUCUUUCUGUGACAUUAAAAUAAAGCCUAGAGGAAAGCUUCUGAAAUCAGAUUAUUGAUCCCAUACGAACACAGGACGGUAGAUUGGUGAAUAGCCGUGUAGUCCUAGUUAGUUGACGUAGCUUAGAUUUUGGGACCGUGGUUCUCCCCUUGAUUUAUUCUUUACUUAAGUUUGCUCUUUUCUUUUACCUUCUAUUUUUUUGGGUGAUUAGUAGGUUAACAAGGGAGGCUAAGGGCUGAGAAUUUGUAAGUCUGUAGCUCGUGUAUCAUGGGUAGGCAUUGUAGAAUGUCUUGUAAUGUUAAUCCUGCAAUAAUAUAUGUAUAUAUUAUAUAUAUAUGUAAAAUUGAUAACUAUGCAAUCGGAGAUUUUCUUGGAUCUAA